AUGACCGACAAAUCGCGUCUUGCCAAUCCCAACGCCGUUAUAAACACGAAAGUGCUCGCUGAUAUAACAAAAGAACCCAAAAUCAGCGACGGUACGAAGUUGAACAUUCGAGCAGGCAAUAAAAAACUUGUACACGUUCUGGCCUUGGUUGAAAAACAUGCGCGAAAAUUGCGAGAAGAGGAGGAUUUUGCGCCUUGA